CGUCAUGGCUUGUGGUUGGCGGAUGCAGCCUUCAGCACGCCGCAGUGUUCUGUCAGCUUGCGAGAGUUACAGGGACAGUUGACUUGGGCUGGAAAACCAGUCAAAAUGCGGUCUCAUCAGCGGUGGGUCCGCGCUGCAACAAAGGCUAAAAGAGCCCCAGGGCCCAUGGUUCGAACCUCGAGCGAGCAGUUGCUGAAGGACCUACGCGGAGGGCUUGACCUCAGCCGGUGGGACCCAGAGCUAUGUGUGCAGAUGCUGAGACUGCCCACCGCGCACAACUACACCGCCAUACGGAAGCUGCUCGACAAGGCCAGCAAGGAAUGGCUGCUAGAAUUUCUAGAACGCGAUGGUUUGGGUGUACUACUGGAGAGUCUGAACCGUCUGGGGGACCGGCGAACCCACUCAGUGGCAGACACCCUCACCCAGAUGCAGUGCAUGUCAUGCCUGAGAACUGUAAUGAAUUUCCGCCCAGGCUUACACUAUAUCGCAGAUAGAAAUGAGUACACAAGGAAGCUUGCUACAAUUUUGUCGUCAAGCAACCCCACUGUGAGGCUGCAGGUGUAUGAGCUGCUGUGUGCUGUGAGUCUUGCAUCCCCCCGGGGUCAUGUUCUUGCUCUUGAUGCCCUCCAGCACUUUAAGGUGUACCACGGUCUCCGAUAUCGGUUUGAAGUCAUAUUGUCAGAACUGAAGACAGCAGAAAGUGACGUGCUUUGUUCGACACUUCUUGCAUUCGUGAACUGCCUGGUGUUCGGGUGUGAAGAUUUACAUCAGAGAAAUCGGAUCCGUAAUGAGUUUCUUGGUCUUGGUUUUGGAAGCAUUCUGUCAAAGUUCAGGAACUCAGGGAAUGAACUAGUGCAGAUUCAGGUGGAAGUGUUUGAUGAAAAGUUGCACCAUGAUCAGGCUGAGUUAGAGAAAGAUCCAACUAACCUUUCUCUGCAGCAAAUCUUUGAUAUUGUCUCUGCCAAGGUUGCAGAUUCUCCUCAGUCACUAUACUUCCAGUCAAUACUACUUAAUCUGUCUCAGUUAGAUACAUCUCAGGCAGCCACGGAUUGUAUCUGGGAAGCUUUGGAAGAGAUAUCUGCUGGAGAUUGUUCUGUAACAAAAAAGAACGGCAUGCGACGCAUGAGAAACUUGAUUUCCAGGAAGAACAUGUGCAGUGAAAGCACACAGACACCCACCAGGGGCUGGCUGCGUGGACAACUUUUGAAAGCAACUUCUGUAGAUGUUGCUGUUCAGGUUGACAUGUCAGACAGUUUGGAGCAGAAUAUGGAUGUUUGUGUUCCCCCUUCACAAGACAAAGCAGACAAGAAUAUUUUGCGGCCACUGCCAUUGCAAACUUUGGAGACUUGUCCAACUUCGGAAACAGAACCUGUGCCAGCAUCUCCUGUCAAUCAUCUUCCGGAAACAGACAGCGCAACUCUCCCCUCAUUAUCGGUAUUAACUCCAUCGCACAUCAGUCCAUCUCUGGCCCAGUGCCUUCCACUUCAGUCAGAAACUUCUGGCCAAACUUCACCCACAUCAAUAUCUCAAACCCCUCAGUCUUCUGGUGUAUCUGAUGCAACACCAUGUCCCCUGCCUUCUCUGUCUGCUACAGUGUCUGGCCCAUGUCAACCCCCUCUGCCCACAGCAGUGGCUGGUCCACUACCACCCCCUCUGCCCACAGCAGUGUCUGGUCCACCAACACCCCCUUCACCCACAGCAGUGUCUGGCCAACCUACAGCAAUGUCUGGUACACCUCCACCCCCUCAGCCCACAGCAAUGUCUGGUCCACCUCCACCCUCUCUACCCACAGCAGGGUCUGCUCCACCUCCACCCCCUCUGCCCACUGCAAUGUCUGGUCCACCUCCACCCCCUCUACCCAAAGCAGUGUCUGGUCCACCUCCACCCCCUCUGUCCACAGCAAUGUCUUGUCCACGACCACCACCACCACCCCCUCUGCCCAUAGCAAUGUUUCGUCCACCCCCUCAGCCCAUAGCAAUAUCUGGCCCACCUCCACCGCCUCUGCCCACAACAAUGUUUGGUCCACCUCCACCCCCUCUGCCCACAGCAGUGUCUGGUCCACCUCCACCCCCUCUGCCCACAACAAUGUUUGGUCCACCUCCACCCCCUCUGCCCACAACAAUAUCUGGUCCACCUCCACCCCCUCUGCCCACAACAGUGUCUGGUCCACCUCCACUCCCUCUGCCCACAGCAGUGAUUGGUCCACUGCAGUCCAUUGGCUACAUGACCGUGCCUAACAUGCGAAGCUCUCUGCCCUCUGACUUGACUGAUUCAGGCAGCAGGAAUGCAGACAACAAGUUCAACACUUGGCAUGGACCUCGCCGCAAGAUGCGAACCAUCAACUGGACACAGAUCCCCAAAACUUUGACAGGUAACUGCAUGUGGACAGGCGUGGAGGCACUUCCAAAACCCGAGCGCUUGGACCUGCAGCAGCUGGAGGAAUUGUUCUGCCAGAAAACUGGCAACAGUGGUGCUAAGCGGCCUGCAUCUGCGCCAGCAGCACAGCCCAUCGUCGUUGAGUUGAACCUCCUGGACAGCAAACGCAGUCUGGCAGUAAACAUCUGCCUGCGCCAGAUCAAAGGUCGUGGUGCAGCUGUCGUGAAAGCAGUGCAGGAUGCAUCCAGCAGCGAGCUGGGUGCAGAGAAGCUCCGAGGAUUGCAACGACUGCUGCCUGAAAGACAUGAGCUGGAACUCCUUCUUACACAUGCUAAUGAAGCUGAACGCUUCGGUGCAGCAGAAAAAUACUUCUACGAGCUAUCCAGAAUUCCAGGGUAUGCUCUCCGGAUGGAAGCUAUGCUACAGAGAGAAGACUUCCCCACUCAUGUGGAGGAGUUGCGGCCGCAGCUGCAUGGACUAGUCAACAUGUGUGACCAGUUAAUAAAGAACACAUCGCUCAGGGAAUUUCUGACUCUUAUUCUGCAGAUUGGCAACUGCCUAAAUGCUGGUAGUUAUGCUGGCAAUGCGGCAGGCUUCAAGCUCAACACGCUGCCGAAACUGCUGGACACUAGGGCCAACAAGCCGAGGAUGACAUUCUUACACUUUGUGGUACAAGUUGCAGAGGCAAACAACAAAAAUGCAUUGAUCUUUACAAAGGAUCUGUCGAACAUCAACAAAAUUUGCAAGAUUUCCGUUGAGGGCCUGGAAGAUGAGGUUCGACAAGUUGUAACAGACAUCAAAGCACUGAACUCUAGGCUGAAUGAAGAUGGACAUGGCAUUCGCUCUUAUUUCAAAGAGUUUAUGGAGCGAGCACUGCUUGAAGUUGGCGAGCUGCAACGAGACGUUCAGAAUGUAAAGAACAUGGCAGCAAGCCUUGCUCGUCACUUCUGUGAGGAGCCUGAGAAGUUUCAGCUGGAGGAGUGCUUCAAACUGUUUGCGGAUUUCUUCCGCAGGGUAGAAGAGGUUCAGAAGGAAAACGAAGAGCGCCAAAAGCAAGAGGACCGUGCAGCACAAAGAACAGGAAGAGCAAACAAAUUAGGAAGUAAGAAGCCAAGCCUAAAGCCUGAUAAUAGUGAAGUGUGUCUGGUUGACCGACUGAUGGCGGAAAUACGCAGUGGAACAUUUAAAUUGCGACGCAGUGAAGUUUGACACUUGAGGUCAUCACAGCAUUUGUGCUGUUUUGGGUUGUGACACCGUGUAGUCUGGCAGGUGAUUACAGACUUUUUGCAGGAAUAGGCUGCAUCUAUCUUCAGACCGGACUACAUGGUGACACAACCCAGAAGAUCAUAAUUCAAAGCCUUGGAGGUCGAUUGCUCCAGUCAGGAAUUCUGGGUAGAGAAAAUCAUCAUCAGCACAUGCAGACCUCACUACAGCAAACACAUGAGAGAUAAAGCAAGGUAUAUUGCUGUAAGGGGCCGAUUCUAAGUUGGAUAUGAAGCAGAACUCAGCUGAUAACCUGUCACUAACUGGACAUGAGCUUUAAUGUUUGAAGUACUCCAACAAAGUGCAGACAGGUCACAUACUGUUGUGGACAGUCAAUUGCAUUGCCUUGAAAUCUGCAGUAACAUUUAUGAAGUCUUAAAUGCCUGGUAGGACACUAAAAUGGGGACUUUAACUCAUUAUACAGUUAAGAUUAUGUAAUAUCUUCCCGAUAGUUAUAGAUUUGAUCCCUGUUCUAGCUGAUCAUCCUAAGAGGAUACUCUAAUCUGAUUUCCAUUCUCUGUUGUUCCUGUUUAGGGGCAGAUUGUUGAUGCCUUUCACCACCAACUUCACAAAUUUACCAUCUUGUUAUGAUCACAAUCAGAGUUCUGCAUUAUUGCUCUGAUGCCCUUUGACAUCUCUGCUAGUAGUUUGCAUAUAUCACCAACAGAUGCCAGGAGUUAUAUGUAUUUCCUGCUGUCAGCAUAUGUUCACACCAUGUGUGCGACCUUCUCCUGCACCUGAUAGAAGUGAGAGUGAAUAUAAAAACAAUGGAUAGGGGUUAUGGAUAGAUUUUUUUAACAAACAUUUUGCUAAUGUGAAAUGCUUGACAGUUUUUCUCCAUUGCUGCGUUGUGGAGUUUUACUUGUGGUUUGGAUAGUCUGCAUCAGACUUGAAGCUAGUGUUACACAUAAUGUUUAUGUAUAUAGAAUCUCAUUAGACAUUGUGUGAAUUGUAAAUAGUAUAUAUUAUGUGAAGUGACUGACUAAUGAACUCUGUUUUGUAGGAUAGACAUACUACUUAUGGACCAAUAUGCAUGGACAGUUUAUGUUCAUAUUGGCAUACAAAAUGUGAGACAGUGGGAUAAUCAGAAAUACACUUCCAUAUCUUAAGUCUGAAUUAUAAAUCAUGUUUUGUACCUAACAGAAUACAGCAAGUUGACACUGAGACUGAGGAAGAUGAUGAGUGUGAGGCUAGACCAGGCUUAAUUUCCUGUAUCAUGAAGUGAACAAGAAAUAUACAAAGUCUCAAGUAAAGCUGUAUUUUUACAGAUAUAUCCAAGGAAGUCAUUUUUGGUGGUCAUUGCUACUUGGCAGCGGUAGGGUUUUGAGUGUUGUGUGAUCUAGGCUAGCCUACAGAAUACUGUGACAUUUGCACUUGAUAUUCCAGCUGUGAUAAUACAGUGUGACACUCUGGGUGUGGUUAGGCAGCACAAAAUGCAAAUGAGCCAAAGGGUGAAAUAGGGUUACAUAUCCCCAAAUUUUAAAACAUUUCAUUUGAAUGAAGUUAGUUUAGUGCUUAGGUUGGGGUUUUAGUGUGGUGCACUGCUACCUACAUCUCUUCUCUGGUACUUCAGCAGGCCCACUACAUUGUUGCGCUACCAUGUUGCCAGCGUAUGAGAGUGGAAGUAUUAGAAGUACAGUUGUCAUUUUAUUCUAAAGGUGUGACAUAAUGUUUCUUUGGGAUUAGUGAUGUGAGGUCGCUUGGACAGUGUGGACAUUGCACUGAGCUCUAUAAUUCAAAUGGUGAUGACUUCGAAAACCUGUGAAACCUUCCUUCAAAUUUAUGAAUUUUUAUCCUACAUCAUAAUUUGAAUCUUUGCCAGUGUGAGUUCUGUUCAACGUGGGAUCCAUAUAAGCUUGCAGGAGCGAAUGUGGGAUGGAGUCAUUUUGACUUGGUGAAGUGACCAGAUGCAUAGAAAGCAUUCCAAGUAUGCGGUACACCUGCCAGAUUUCUGCAUUUAUGUUGUGUACAGAAACCGGCUGUCCCACAGUUGAGGUGAUUUGACUCUGGUUUCUCACUAUGAAUCCUUUGGUUCAGUCCCAGGUGGUGGCUUCAUAUGAGAUGGACAGUGAUUUUUCACUGCUAAUCAUCAUUCUGCCAUUGCUCAACACUCAUCAAUCACCACUGUUGAAGGUGUAUGAUAGCACAGCGUCAUAUCAUCUGUCCUUGAGUAUGGGGCUUCAUCUCUGGCUUGGCACUUGGCUGCUUACAGAGUGGGGAACUGAAGUUUAUGACUUUUCAUGAAUUAACAGCAUGAGGAAGAAAAUGAAUUCCUGAUUCAUACAGCUAACAGUCUAAGAUUGGUAAUAGAAGUGCCUACAUUCAGUUUCUUACAUGUUCACUACCAGUCCCAUCACCUGAAGGUUUAAAGUCCAUCAGGUGCCAGUGGUGAUCCUGUCAAGUAAUGGGCUGUUCUCGCUAACUCUCCUUCCUACUGAUGCCACGAAAAUGCAGUGUGCCAUAGCUAGGAAUAGUCAAAAUAUACAGCAGUUGUCAGUUGUUCUUUCCUGUCCUCUUGUGUUUCCAUCUUGAAUGUAGUUCAGAACCCAGUUUUGUGUAAAGGAAGGCUUGCCUAUCAGGAAAAUUGCUAUGUGGGGGCAUGGCAAUGGGUGGGUGGAAAUGGUAUGAAUGAAUGUAUAAGGGGUGCGCCUUCUUGGCCCUUGCCCCGCAACCACAGUGUUCUAUUGUGCCUCACGGUUGAAAUGGUAAGCCAUUCCUUGUAAACAUAAAAUGAAUGACAUUAGUGUGUAAUAUGUUUUCACAGCAAGCAGUUUUAACAUGUAAGUAUCUGAAAUGUUUUUAUAUGCAUCUGUAAUAGUUUAAUAGAUUAAAGUGUUCAAAAAAUA